AUGGCCGGAGGCCAGCUUGUCGCCCGCAAACAGAACAAGCAAUCCACGACUAAGGUGAAAACGGGCUGUGCAACCUGCAGGAUAAGGAAGAUCAAAUGUGACGAGAAGAAGCCAUUUUGCCAAAAGUGUAUCAGCACUGGUCGUACCUGCGAGGGGUACAAGUCUCCCUUUAGAUUCUUCACAAGUCCACUAAAUAACAACGGCCACGCUGGCGCCAUCAAGUCAAAUGCUGCCGGCGCUCUGCAACCCCGCCAGCCUACCAACUUGACCGAGAUAGCACUCCAGGAUGUCGAACUUCUCAAUCGCUACUUCUCAACCAAGACCAUGUUCGACGUGAACCUGGGCUGUAGCGAAGAAGCCAAGCAAGUUCUUCAAGCCAGCCUGACUCAUCCGGCAAUACGACAUGCAGUCUUAUCUCUAAAAGCUCUACGGGGACAUGUCGAGUCGUCCGGCGACGUUGCAGCGUCUGUCACACAGCAGACGCCGGGCUAUGAAUAUGGCACCGAGCAAUACUGCAUAGCUUUAAGAGGUCUCGCUUCAAACCUGUCUUCCCUUGGCUCCGACGGGGUGAAAUCGGCAUUGCUCUGCUGUCAGAUCUUCAUCAGCAUUGAGCAAGUACGGGGGAACUACGCUGCCAUGGCCCAACACAUCAUUCAAGGACUCGGGAUCAUGCAGGAAUAUCGGGCCAGGCCGAAUCUUAUUGCCGCGGAUAACCUGGUGCCAGCACGCAAACGUCCGCUACCUUUCCUAGAUGUCUUCAUCAUCAAGCUGUUCGCUGCACCUUGUAAGUUUGUGGAUCUUCCCGCAACGGCCGACACAAACGCAGCGGCGGCUCUUUGUCCGACAGCGUCGCAUCAGCAGCAUGUGGAAGGUAGCAGUCUUCGGCCAAUUGCACCUAACAUGCGGCCGGGGCUUACGAGGAUCGCUGCCUCGGCGAUUGAAUUCCUCGACAAAGUGUCGAGUCUCGAAUCCGCGGGAAAUGCCCUUGGGCUGCAAUCUGAGAAAGGAGCUUUGAUGGACUCGCUAGAAUCGUGGCUUACUGAGCUUGAACUGGCCCAGGCAGAGAUGGCAUCUUCUGAGUUACUUUCCGUGUCUUUCAUGCGCCUUUUCCAUCAGAUACUGAAAAUUGUCAUCCUGCUGGCACUUGACUCUUCAUCUGACCUGGAAGCCGAGCUGCGGACCGAGAACGACCGGUUGAGGAGAAUAGCUACAGCCGUAGGCGAAGGAGUUGGGGUUUAUAGAACGUCCAUAGAUAGGAUCCGUUGUGGUUGA